ACUGAAGAAGAUGGGUGCUAAUGCAUCUAACUAUCCUCAUUCAUGUUCCCCAAGGGUAGGGGGAAAUUCACAGGCCCAACAGACGUUUAUAGGGACAUCAUCCUAUUCUCAGCAAGGCUAUGGUUGUGAAUCAAAAUUGUAUAGCCUUGACCAUGGCCAUGAGAAACCACAAGACAAAAAAAAGAGAACCUCUGGCCUUGCUACCCUGAAAAAGAAGUUUAUUAAGCGUCGAAAAUCUAAUAGGUCUGCUGAUCACGCCAAGCAGAUGCGAGAACUCCUCUCUGGGUGGGAUGUUAGAGAUGUCAAUGCAUUAGUGGAGGAAUAUGAGGGAACUUCAGCCUUAAAGGAGCUUUCUCUGCAAGCCAGUUUGGCUAGACCAGAAGCCAGGACAUUGCAGAAAGAUAUGGCUGAUCUUUAUGAGUACAAGUAUUGUACUGAUGUAGACUUAAUAUUUCAAGAAACUUGUUUUCCUGUACAUCGUGCCAUUUUGGCAGCAAGAUGUCCAUUUUUUAAAACACUGCUUUCUUCCUCACCUGAGUAUGGGGCAGAGAUAAUAAUGGACAUCAAUACGGCUGGUAUUGAUAUGCCCAUGUUUUCUGCUUUGUUACACUACCUUUAUACAGGAGAAUUUGGAAUGGAGGACUCAAGGUUCCAAAAUGUCGAUAUCCUUGUUCAGCUUAGUGAAGAAUUUGGAACACCAAAUUCCCUUGAUGUAGAUAUGCGUGGACUUUUUGAUUACAUGUGUUAUUAUGAUGUCGUCCUUAGUUUUUCUUCAGACUCUGAACUGGUUGAAGCUUUUGGUGGAAAUCAGAACUGUUUAGAUGAAGAGCUCAAAGCCCACAAGGCUAUUAUUUCUGCACGGUCCCCAUUUUUUCGAAAUUUAUUACAAAGGAGGAUACGGACUGGUGAAGAAAUCACAGACCGAACUUUGAGGACUCCCACAAGAAUUAUAUUAGAUGAGUCCAUUAUACCAAAAAAAUAUGCAAAAGUGAUAUUACACUGUAUGUAUACCGACGUGGUGGACCUCUCUGUUUUGCACUGUAGCCCCUCUGUGGGGAGUCUCAGUGAAGUUCAGGCUCUCGUCGCAGGGAAGCCAAACAUGACCAGGGCAGAAGAAGCCAUGGAACUUUACCACAUAGCACUGUUCUUGGAAUUUAACAUGCUUGCUCAAGGCUGUGAGGAUAUCAUUGCUGAGAGCAUCUCAUUAGAUACCUUAAUUGCCAUCCUCAAGUGGAGCUCUCAUCCAUAUGGCUCUAAAUGGGUGCACCGACAAGCUUUACAUUUCCUCUGUGAGGAAUUUUCCCAGGUCAUGACUUCGGAUGUUUUUUAUGAACUCAGCAAAGACCAUCUGCUUACUGCUAUCCAGUCUGACUACCUACAGAUGAAAAGAGGCUUGAUCAGUACUCCUCCAUCAGACAUGCUUCCCACAACAGAAGGUGGAAAGUCAAAUGCCUGGUUACGGCAAAAAAAUGCUGGCAUAUAUGUUCGUCCUCGACUGUUCUCUCCCUAUGUGGAAGAAGCAAAGUCAGUGCUAGACGAGAUGAUGGUGGAACAAACAGAUCUUGUGCGCUUGCGAAUGGUUAGAAUGUCCAACGUGCCAGACACGCUCUACAUGGUCAAUAAUGCCGUGCCACAGUGUUGUCACAUGAUCAGCCACCAGCAGAUCAGCAGUAACCAGUCAAGCCCUCCUUCAGUUGUAGCCAACGAAAUUCCAGUUCCUCGUCUCCUCAUUAUGAAAGACAUGGUCAGACGACUGCAGGAACUCCGACACACCGAGCAGGUGCAGAGGGCCUAUGCGCUGAACUGUGGGGAGGGCGCCACUGUCAGCUAUGAGAUUCAGAUCCGAGUACUGAGAGAGUUUGGCCUUGCAGAUGCUGCCGCAGAACUGUUGCAGAAUCCUCACAAAUUCUUUCCUGAUGAACGUUUUGGGGAUGAAAGUCCACUCUUGACAAUGAGACAGCCUGGGAGAUGUCGCAUUAACAGUACCCCUCCUACAGAAACCAUGUUUACAGACCUGGACUCUUUUGUGGCCUUCCAUCCACCCUUGCCGCCUCCACCACCUCCCUACCACCCUCCAGCUACCCCAAUCCACAACCAACUCAAAGCAAGCUGGAAACAAAGACCUCCCAGUCAGCAUCCUUCACGUUCAUUUUCUUAUCCCUGUAAUCAUUCGCUGUUCCACUCCAGAACAGCUCCUAAAGCUGGCCCUCCCCCAGUCUACUUGCCGGGAGUUAAAGCAGCACCACCUGAUUGUACCAACACUGCAGGACUGGGGAGGCAGACGGUGGCUGCUGCCGCCGCUGCCACCACCUCAGCAACAGUAGCAUCUGAGAAACAAGUGCGAACACAGCCUGUGCUGAAUGAUCUGAUGCCAGACAUCGCCGUGGGUGUGUCCACACUGUCACUCAAGGACAGGAGGCUUCCAGAGCUUGCUGUAGACACAGAAUUAAGCCAAUCAGUUUCAGAAGCAGCACCAGGGCCUCCCCCACAUCUGUCGUGUAUUCCACAGAGGCAUACACACACUUCUCGGAAAAAACACACACUAGAGCAAAAAACAGAUGCUAGAGAAAAUCAGCAGGAAUACCCUGAUUUCUAUGACUUCUCUAACGCUGCUUGCAGACCUUCUACUCCUGCUCCUGGCAGACGCACUCCUCCUUCGCAAGGUGGAUAUUUUGGUCCUGAUUUGUAUAGCCACAAUAAGGCAUCACCGAGUGGCUUAAAGUCAGCCUGUCUGCCUAGCCAGACCUCUCCUAAAAAACAGGAAGAACCUAGGAGAGAAUAUCCACUGUCCCCUGAUGGGCAUCUACACAGACAAAAGAAUGAGCCAAUACACCUGGAUGUCGUUGAGCAACCUGCCCAGCGGUCAGACUUUCCUUUGGGAGCCCCAGAAAAUGCUGGUACUGGCCCAGCCCACGUCAGGGGGCGAACCACAGUAGAAACUGACUUGACUUUUGGGCUGACUCCUAACAGACCUUCACAUUCUGCAUGUAGCUCUGAAGCUCCAGAAGAGAGAUCCAGUAGAAGACUGGCAGACAGUGAGUCCCUGGGCCAUGGAGCUCAGAGAAACACAGAUUUGGAAAGGGAAGAUUCAGUAAGCAGAGGAAGGAGGUCACCAAGCAAGCCAGACUUUCUCUACAAAAAGUCUGCCCUCUGAGAGCAACCUUCAAGUCGUCUGUGCCUGAGAUGUGAAACAUCCCGUUCUAUGAUGUAACCCAACAACUUACUAGUUUAUCGAUGCCAGCUGAUAACUCAGUUUCACAUUACUUUCCUCUAGUUUUUAUGUGUAUAUAUAUGUUUAUUAGACAUGGCAUGCUAAGAGGGGUUUUUUGUUUUACUGCUGCAUCUGUCUAUUUUGUGUUUGAACAAUUGUGUGGGGAAGCAUUUUUAAGAGCAAGCAAGCUGGCACUUUUUUUCUCUUUACAAAUGGAAUUUUUUUGCACUUGUACUUAUUUUAUCUGUAUUGAUUUUAUAUCAGUAUGUUAAACUUUAUUGCCACAUUUAAAGGACUGUAUUUUCCUACUUUUUUGCAUUUUACCUUUCAUCUACCAAUCCACGUGCAUUGGAUUGCACACUAAGAUGUAUUUUCUUAUGAAAUAGUUCUGUGUUUAUUUUUUAAUUAUAGAAAUUCCAAAGAACAGCACAUCAAAAUGCUCCUCUCUUUUCAGUAAUUGUUUUAGUUCAGACACCUCCCUGCUCAGUCUCCAUAAAUCUCAUGUCAUUUUUCUUUAAUAAGUCCUGGAAGCUGGUCUUCACUCCCCCAGCAGGAGUCCAGUCAGGGUCCUGCAGUUUGCUGGUUCAGUAAAGAACAGGAAGGAGAGAAGCCUUUUGUCCCAGGCUCACUCCAUUGCUUUAUUCAUAACGUGGGCACUGUCAGAAUCCCUGCAAAGUCUGGUAGUGGGGAUUAGAGUGUCACUAGAUGAGUUAUCUUUAGAGAUCGGAUCCUUGGCAUUACAAAGCAGGGGAAAUA